UCUGUAAAUUAUAAAUAUAAAAUGGAAAAGCAUCCCCUGUAUGGUAAGAAGAAGAAAAAGAAAGUUUCAUGUCCGAAUCCAUUGUUUGUACAAUGGCUAACAGAAUGGAGAGAUGAUGCUGCUGAGAAAGGGAUCAAGAGUCAGUAUACCUAUGGAAAGGCAUUAAAGACCUUACAGAAGUUCCCUUUGAGAUUUGAAACUGGAAAAGAAUGUAAAAUCCUAGAAAAUUUUGGUGACAAGAUUUGUAAAAUGUUGGAUGAUAGAUUGUCAGAACAUGUGUCUGUGUAUGGCACCACAGCUCCUGUCAACAUAUCAGACACAGCGUCACAUGUCCAAGUUCACCAGCAAACUAAAUGUAAGGUUACAAUGUCAUCAGGCUAUGGAUGUCAGGCAAAGAUGGAAAAGAAUAAAUCAGCAAACAAUGGAACAGUAUCUACAAUGCGUGUACAUGAUAUAUCUGAUAGCAGUGAUGAAGAAGUUCAUGAACAACCAGCUAGAAAAAGACAAAGAUCAGGACGUAAAAGUGGUGACAGGGCAUAUAUACCUGUUUACAGAUCAGGACCAUAUGCAUUACUAUUGACUUUAUAUAAAGAUACACAGUCACCAGAAUCUCAAGGAUUUAUGAAUAAAGCAGAUUUGAUUAGGAAAGCUCAACCAUUAGCUGACAAAUCUUUUACUAUGGCAGACCCAGGAUGUCGCUAUACUGCAUGGUCUUCUAUGGGUACAUUGAUAAAGAAAGGUUUAGUUAUCAAAGAUAGUAGCCCAGCCAGGUACAGUAUAACAGAUGCAGGCUGUGAGCUGGCCAAUAGAAUGGAGGCUUUUAAGGAAGAAACCAGUGUGUCACGUGAUGCUGAUAUUCCAUUUAGGAUACAUGAACCUGAUACAGCUCCUGAAUUACCCAGCAUGCCACAUGAUUCCUUACAGGAUAGGUUACCCAGAAUGCCUCAUGAUAACUCACAGGAUAGGUUACCCAGCAUGCCACAGGAGUAUGAUAAUAGCAGUGUAGAGGAGUAUAGCUGGCCAGGACAUGAUGUUGUCCAACGGAACUCUUGUUUGAAGUAUUGGUAUAUAAAUGAAGAGGGGGACGAGACUCUAGUCAAAGAUAAAGCUGUUGUUUCCAUAGAUGAUGAGAUUGGUGUAGGAUUUCUAGUCAAAUGUAAUUAUACUGAGUUAUUGAAGUCAGGGGUGAAAUACAAGCUGGAUACAACAAAGCCUAUAGGAGACGACUUUGUAUAUGUGUACCUGGGCAAUGACAGCACUGACGACACUGCUAUCCCACCUUACAGAAAACAAAACACAGAUACUAGUAAUUUGUCAGUGAAUCAAACAUUGAAUACAGGAAAACGAAAAAUUGAAAAACCAAGGGAGACAACAGUUCUGGUGAAGAAGAAAGGCGCUCCUGAUUUACUUCCCUUUAUUCAGCCAUCUUUGGAAAAUGAAACAGACGGCAAUGAAAACAGCAACACCGGUAGUGAAAAUGUUGUACUUAUUGACUCAGAGGAUAGUUCUAGAGAUUCAUUACCAUCAAUACCUGUGUCAAAGAAAUGUUUUAAUUUUAAGAGAGCCGUGUCUCAAGAUACUAACUCUAACUGUUACAUACCAUCCACUAGGUCUCUUUCUGAAACUAACGAAAACCAAAGCUUGUUUGAUAGGUUAAAAACUAAGGGAAACAUACCUAAGUCAUUAAUAUCAGAAUCUCAAGACGCUGUUUCACAAAGUACAGUGUCCAGUUUGAGUAGUUCUCAAGGCUCCAUUAAGAGUGUAAGUUCCGUUAGUUCAGGAUCAUCGACCCAGAUAUUACCUAUACCAGAUUUUGUAUUACAUCCUGGGGAAUUUGAUAUAGUGCUGUGUAUUGAUAAUGCUGAAUUCUAUGGAGCGAGUAAAGGUGGCAGUAAAACAUUACUUCCUGAUCUGAUCAAGAAUGGAAUAGACUGUGAUCUUAGAAAAUUACAUGUUGGUGAUUUACUGUGGAUUGCUAAAGAGAAAUGUAAAGCAGUCCAAGGUCAGUUAAGUCGGCCACCUGGAAGAGAACUUGUAUUAGAUUAUAUAAUAGAGAGGAAGAGAAUGGAUGACUUGGUUAGUAGCUGUAUUGAUGGAAGAUUUAGGGAACAAAAGUUUCGUUUGAAGCAGUGUGGUUUAAAUCAUAAAAUGUACCUGAUAGAAGACUAUGGAUCAAUGCAACAUUUUAGCUUACCUGAAUCUACACUAAAACAAACAAUAGUCAAUACACAGGUUAUAGAUGGUUUUCAAGUAAAAAGAACAAAAGGAACCAAAGAAUCAGUUGCAUUUCUUACAGUUUUUACUCGCUACCUUCAGAGUUUCUUUAAAGAUAAGACACUGUAUGCUUGUGGUCUAGAUGACAUUAAGGAAUCAAAGGUGGUAACUCAUGUUACUGAUAAAUGGCAGAAACUUGCUACAUUUGAAGAAUUCAAUCAAGGAUCAGUAAAGUCAAAGGCACUGACUGUACAUGAGAUGUUUGGAAAACAGUUGAUACAGCUACAUGGUAUGUCUGCUGUCAAAGCUCGAGCUAUUAUAGACAAAUAUCCAACUCCUUCACAUUUAUAUCAAGCAUAUGAGAACUGUUCAAGUGAGAAAGAGAAGGAAAAUCUCCUGUCAUCUAUAAAGUGUGGGAAGACGUCUCGAAGUCUUGGUCAGGCACAGAGUAAACAACUGUAUCAUUUAUACAACACUAGUACACCUUUAUCUUAACUAAUCAAAUACCUGAUUCACAAAUGGGACCACAGGAAGAUAACCUUAUCAGCUUGAGUGUAAAAACAGACAGAUAUUGUGCAGAUAGUCUCCCUUUUGGAAUAGUAGCCUGUUUUUAGCUCACCUGUCACAAAGUGACAGGGUGAGCUUUUGUGAUCGCUUUUCGUCCGGCGUCCAUCCGUCCGGCGUCCGUCCGUAAACUUUUACUUUAAAUGACAUCUUCUCAUAAACCACUAAGCCAAUUUCAUCUAAACUUCACAGGAAUGUUCCUUUGGUGGUCACCUUUAAAAAUUGUUCAAAGAAUUUAAUUCCAUGCAGAACUCUG